GGCGGUGGCAUCUUAAUUGCGCUUGCAUCUGUGGGUGAACAAACUUUCAAUCUGUGAAACAAUUCCUUGUGAUCUGGGCAUUUGAGUUUGCUAUAGUACAGAGAGUAGUAUAUUUAUACUAUAGAAAAAAAAACUGGUGGCGCAAAAUACACCUGCCAAAGUUGGGCCGCCUUCCGCAACCAGUACUAGUACUAGGGAAAAAAAACGCUAGGCCCGUCGACUACUCCACCUCCUUCCUUCACCUUCGCAAGCCCACUGCAUAAUCUGAGCCGAGGCGGUCUCCUUCCUCCCACCCCGAGAUCACGCCGAGUCCCCCAACAGAAAUAGGAACCGCCGCCCCGCCCUCGCUACUGCAUCCCGCCUCCGCCCCAUUUGCCAACCGCUGUGCUCUAUGCUUGUGCCUUUCCGGCGGGCGCCCCCGUCUGAUCUGACUCGAUUGAUCGUAUUUUUGCCGAUUGGGCGCCUCCUCUUCAGAGAGAUUUGCUAGGGUUCCAACUCGAUCUCUGGAGCUCCAGGACGGCGGCGAUACAGGGAGGAUCCGACGCCGAGCCGGUCGAGAUGGCCAUGGGUUCAGUUGAUUGCUGCACUUGCUGCUUCUCGUUUGGAUGGCGGUAGAACCCUAAAGCAGGUUUUGCUUCUUCAUCGGGAAAUCGGCAACUGCCAACUGGUGGCCCAUUGCGUGUCUCAGCCCAAUAGGCCAGCCCAUGCCCAAGUGUCGUUCGCUGACUGAGUCCCAGGUUAUGCCGUCAUGGCAGUCGGCACUCGGCAGGCAGUAGCCCGCGACCGUGUCUCCUUCGUUUCCUCCGACAUUUCUGUUUGCCUCCCCUAGUCCCCAUUACGUCUCUAAACCUAAUCUCCGCCACCGAGCCGCCUCCCGCCAGAUGCUCCCGCCAAAUCCCUGCUAGCCACCUCCAGUCAAACAUCCUGUAUGCUAGGCCGUGGCUCUUCAGCCACGCUCAUGUACUUGGCUACAGCCUGUUGCUAGAUAGCAAGGAGCUUGGAGCAAACCAUUCUAUCUCCGUACCCAUCUUUACCUCCUGGCCAUCAUUUUUGGCUUUUCUUUGACUGGAUUUUCUUGUACUAUUUGAUGGAUAAUAUAAAUCAAAAUUCAGUUUACUAUGAUCCCCAGAGGGAUGUAUCAGUUUCAGGAGCUACUCAAAGUGUGACAAAUAGUGAAUCUCAUGUGGUUCAGUCGGCUAACUCCUAUGUGCCUUAUCUUGCAUCGGUUCAACAGGACUACAAUGCUAUACAGCAUCCAAACCAUUACUAUAGCUAUCCACAAGCGGCAAAUGAUUCUUCUGUUCAACGAGGAGUUGAUCAAGGUCCAGGUGCUGCUUACCAGCCUCUUACUUUGUUUCCGAGUUCAGGAUCUUAUGUUGGUCCUACAAGUAACACAUAUUGUACUGCUGGCGCUCAUCAGACUCUGCCCGGAUAUGCAACAAGCAAUUACUAUUAUCAUCAAAACAAUGCCUGGGGUAAUGGAAGUUGUGUAAAUAAUCAUGCACAAUCGUAUCAGAGUUGCACCCCAGAUAGUAAUGCAGCCCAGAGUUGUUCACUACCCACGAGCUCUGUCCACUAUCAACAGCAGUACAGCCAAUGGGGUUAUUAUUAUGAUCAGUCUGCACAGACUUCAGGUGGCCUUGCACUUACUAGCAGUGGUAGCAUUGCUCCUGAUACAAAAACUGUUACCAUUGGUUCCAAUUAUGUACACAGCAGCAACCAGCCACCUCCACCAGGCACUACAUCAUGGAAAAGUGAUGCUGGUAACACUACUACACCUCCCUCACAGGAACAAGGCAUUCAAGGAUAUCAAAACCAGUAUGCCUCUCAGGUCCCAGUCGCCCUGAUGUUUCACACCCAUUAUGUUAAUAACGCAGCAGGUAUCCCAACAUUUCAGAACCAGUGUGUCAGCUUAGCAUACCAGCAUAGUUCUGCAAAUCAUAAUCAGCUACCACUAAGUAACCAAGUUGAUCAACAAAAGGUUUUGCCUUUACAUGGUUCAAGCUCAAAUGUUUCUUCAGUCAACCAUGUUUGUGAAAACCCUGAGACACCGCAAGAUUCUCUAUCAUCGAAUGUCCACAUGUUAAACAAAAUACAGAUCUCAACAAAUCCUCGAAUAGCCCCAGAUUUUCCAAUAGGAACGCCUCAAGUGGAUAAGUCAAAGUCGGAAGCUGAUUCAUCACUGAAACCUGCUUAUGUUUGUGUUCCCAUGCCCAAGAAUGAUGUGACGGUCUCACAAAAUGGUUCUGAAGCAGUAAUGCAGGUGACGGGAUCUUUCCCUGUUUCACUUCGUACUUAUGUUGAGCGGAAUCUUGCCCGUUGCAAGGAUGAUGCCCAGAGGACUGCCAGCCGAUGUAUCUUGAAGGAGAUAAUUGCGAAGGCAACUGCUGAUGGGACCCUUCAUACGAAGAACUGGGACAUUGAACCACUAUUUACUUUGCCAGAAAAGGCUACAAGCAUGAAUAUGACUAGCAAUGGGAAGGAUUCAAGUCCUUUCUCAUCAUCGAGGAGUCCUAGUAGGCGAACAAAAAGUAGGUGGGAGCCUGUUGCAAAAAGUAGGUGGGAGCCUGUUGCAGAGGAAAAUGUUGCUAACAAUGUGGAAAUUUCUAAUGAGUUGGCAAAAAUUAAUGUCUGCAGUAGUUUCGAACCCACUAAAAGAACGAGUAACAAUUGGGAUCUGAGGAAGCAUGUCCAAUGCCAAGCUCCUUUAAGCCAAUUCAGUCAUAGGCCUACUAAAAUGCAGCGAACUGGUGGUGAUGCAAGUCUUACUGAAAAUGGAAAUGCCUUAAGUGAUGCUGACAAGGAGCAGGAUCUAAUGAAAUAUUACACUAGUUCAAUUGCACAAGCAAAUUCACCUGAGGAAAAGAAACGGCGGGAGCAUAGAUCUAAGCGAUUUGAACAGAGUCAAGGCACACCAUCAAAAUCUAGAAGUUCUAUACCAGAUAAGGUUGCCACAGACAACAUAUAUACAAGUAGAGCUAUGUCACUGCUUCUCAAUAGAAGUAAUGGAGAUAGUGCUGGUUUGGCAGUGGAGGAUUUUGAUUGGGAUGCACUGACAAUCAAGGGAACAUGCCAGCAAAUUGAGAAACAAUACCUACGCCUUACAAGUGCGCCUGACCCUACCACAGUACGACCAGAAGAUGUCCUAGAGAAGGCUCUUUGUAUGGUUGAAACAUCAGAAAAGAACUAUCUUUACAAAUGUGAUCAACUGAAGUCUAUUCGGCAAGACUUUACUGUUCAGAGAAUUCAGAACGAGCUGUCUGUCAAGGUUUAUGAAACCCAUGCACGUUUAGCUAUCGAAUCUGGAGAUUUAGCUGAAUAUAAUCAGUGCCAAUCUCAGUUGAAGAGGUUAUAUGGAGAAGGAGUCAAGGGUUGCAACCUCGAAUUCUCUGCUUACAACUUGUUAUAUCUGGUGCACUCUAAUAACAAAAGAGAUUUGCUUUCAUCUAUGGCAAGCUUGCCAAAGGAAGCCAAGAAAGACACAGCUGUGAAGCAUGCCCUUCAAGUUCGUUAUGCCUUUUUGUCUGCCAACUAUGUCCUGUUUUUCAAAUUGUACAAGAUGGCACCCAACUUGAACUCAUGUCUUAUGGAUCUCUAUGUGGAGCAAAUGCGCUUUGCGGCUAUAAAAUGCAUGUCCAAGUCAUAUCGCCCAACUGUACCAGUUAGAUACGCUGCACGGGUUUUGGGAUUUGUGGGAGUUGAUAAAGUUUGUGAGGCUCUGGAAGAAUGCGAGGAAUGGUUAAAAGCACAUGGUGCUAUUCUUUCCGUAGAUAACAAUGGAGAAUUACAAAUAGACACAAAGGUUUCUUCUACUUCUUUGUACUUGCCGGAACCUGAGAAUGCUGUUUCUCAUGGUGAUGCAUCUCUGGCUGUGGAUGACUUUUUGACACGAGCAUCAUAAAAUAUAUGUUCUGGUGAGUGCCCCCCUGCCCCCCUCUUUUUGCACUGGUCUUUGGAGGUGCUGUACAAUUGCAUGUUUGCCAAUACCAGUAGAGGUAAGUUCUCUUUAUGCAAAGUAGAAACUCGAAAGAUAGAUGAAAGAAGCCCACUGUUACAUCAAACAAAUAGGUAUCCAGGACAGAAUACAUGCAAGUAGGGGUAACUUUCUGUAGUCACACGUUGUGCUCUGAUACUGCUGCUGUAUCACUGGCUGUUCGUGUUGGUCUCCAUCCAUUUGUAUUCUAGUAUCUGAUAAGGUAAAUCCUGAGGGAUGCGUUAAACUGUUGUGAAUGACCUGCUCAGAGUUAUGUUGGGUGGAAUUGUGUCAGUCUAUCAGAUACUUUGCCAGCCAGAUCUCAAAUGUAUAUGUUUUGAGAAAUGUGUUCAAACCGAUUCAGUGUAUUAUACUAAUCUGUACGCA